AUGGAUUUUCCUCUAGUCAAAGGAGUAGCAAUUAGGAAUGGUUUAACUAUGGAGUGGAUCAAACUUAAGGUUCUUGACAAGGGUUCCGACGGAGUGGGGCACAUGGUGAAACCAGUAAACUACGUUUUUGAUGAUCGAGUUUUCGCUGUUAGGUCUUGUCGUUACGAAGAUUCUAGUUCUGUUCAAAAGGAAUUAGAAAUCCUGGAACAGUUUGCUGAUUGUGGUAAUAUUGUUCAAUGCUAUGGAGAUACGUUGAGUAUUGAUCAGGGGAUGCUCGUUUACAAUUUGUUUCUUGAAUAUGCACCUGGUGGGAUUCGGGAUAUUCAUGAUAGAGGCUAUGUCCAUUGUGAUCUCAAGCCGGCAAAUAUCCAUGUUUUUCCUCCUGAUCCAUAUGGGUCCAUUAGCAACCUACAGAUCGCUGAUUUUGGCCUGGUUAGACGAGCAGGAGAAAGAAAUAUGCUAGAGGCGUAG